CCCUCUGGUCCUGAUCAGCUGUCAAUCAACGCUUCUGAGUAAAGUUGAACUCGUGUCACUUGUUUUAAAGCCUUUGGUUUCAGGCCUGUUCAACUGAAAUGAAGUGAAACAGGUGUUUUAAAAGAAGGAGAAGAAGAAGACGAACACUCGCCCCCUUCGCGUUCUAAUUGUCCCUCUCCUCUCCCCGUCCUGAAGCAGGAAGUGGCUCCAGUCGUACGGACUGAACUCAGGUGUUUCAUCGUCGCAAUGCACAGGCUGAAGAUAAUCUCAGGUCACCUGUCUCCCUCCACUUCCUCCGACCACAGGCGGGAUUUAUGGAGGUCAGAAUGUGGCUCCGGAUCCGGAUCUGCAGCGAGCAGCGGUCCGGACGACGUGGUGGUGGUUCACGGACUGAGGACCGCUAUCGGGAGAGCGAAGAGAGGAUCUUUCAAGGACACCACACCUGACGAGCUGCUGAGUGCAGCGAUGACAGCUGUGCUGACAGAUGUUGGACUGUCACCCGCCGAGCUGGGGGACGUCUGUGUGGGUAACGUGCUGCAGCCUGGAGCCGGGGCUCUGAUGGCCAGAGUGGCUCACUUCCUCAGUGGGUUUCCAGACACCGUCCCAGUCUACACGGUGAACAGACAGUGCUCAUCAGGGCUUCAGGCUCUGUUCAACAUCGCAGGAGCCAUCAGGAGUGAAUGCAUCGACCUGGGCCUGGCCUGCGGUGUGGAGAGCAUGUCUCUGCGUUCGGUAGGAAACCCUGGAGACCUGAGCUCCAGGCUGAUGGACAACGACAAGGCUAGAGACUGCAUCAUCCCCAUGGGCAUCACCUCAGAGAACGUUGCGGAGAGGUUUGGCGUGUCCAGAGAGAAGCAGGACGCCUUCGCUCUCAGCUCUCAGCAGAAAGCGGCUCGGGCUCAGGCGUCGGGACUGUUCGACCAGGAGAUCGUCCCCGUCAUCACCAAGCUCGUGGACGAUGGCGGUAAAGAGCGAGAGGUGACGGUGCGGAGAGACGACGGCGUCAGACCUGGGACCAGUCUGGACGGACUCGGGAAACUGCGUCCAGCCUUCAAACCUGACGGCAGCACCACGGCAGGUAACUCCAGCCAAGUGAGUGACGGAGCAGCGGCCGUGCUGAUUGGUCGCAGGUCAGCGGUGGAGGCUCUGGGUCUGCCGGUGCUGGGGGUCCUGAGGGCCAGUGCGGUGGUGGGGGUUCCUCCUGAUGUCAUGGGGAUUGGACCGGCGUUCGCCAUCCCUGCAGCUCUGGAGCGAGCUGGACUGACGGUGGCCGACAUCGACGUGUUUGAGAUCAACGAGGCCUUUGCCAGUCAGGCCGUGUACUGCGUGGAGAAGCUGGGGAUCCCGCUGGAGAAGGUGAACCCUAACGGAGGCGCCAUCGCCCUGGGUCACCCUCUGGGCUGCACCGGAGCCCGACAGGUGGUGACGCUGCUCAACGAGCUCAGGCGCAGAGGCAGGAGGGCGUACGGCGUCGUGUCCAUGUGCAUCGGGACCGGGAUGGGAGCCGCCGCCGUCUUCGAAUACCCGGGGCCGUAGGAGCCGACUGCUCAUCAAGACCGUGGGACUGUGAUUGAUUGACCUGCUGAAAGUUACUCUAACACUUCGCUCAGGUGUGACUAAACGAGAUCAGAGCCGCAGGGACUAAUUGAUGAGAUGAUAAUUAAUCAGUUUGAACUUUGGAACGUUGCUUGAAUAAAACCUGAAAUAAAAACAUUUUCACUUUCUUAUAGAGGAACUAAUCAGCUGAUUAAUUGAUUAGGAUCAUGACUGUCCUGCAGCGUUUAAAUGUCUGAGAGCAGACGCCUCCGUCCUGCUGUGACCUCAGUGAGAAAACAAACAGGAUUAAAAGCUUUCCACAGGUAAACACUGAGAGGCUUUUAUUGUGAAACAGCUACAGGAAAGUUAGCAGAGCUGUUCUACAGUAACAGGUUUACACAGAGACAGGAGCACGCUGCUUAAAGUGACAGUUGUGGUUAUGAGACGUGGGCUGGUGUGAGGUCGUCAUGUGCGGUCAGUGUGUUUCCUGCAGCAGAUUCAGGUAGGACAGGUGCACUCAGAGUGAUGAGCUGCAGUGGGCGGGGCCAGCAGAAAACACCUGUUGUUUUACUUGCCUUUCAGGGUUUGUGUAUUAGGAUGAAAACUGAAUUUUUCCUAUAUAUAUUUUUUCCACAUGUGGCUCCUCCCCCUCCCCUGUAUCAACAGAUGUCUUUUAAAAGUGUCUAACACAGGGGUUUUCUGCUGGCCCCGCCCACAGCAGCUCAUCACUCUGAGUGUACCUGUCCUACCUGAAUCUGCUGACUGAACGUGACGACCUCACACCAGCCCACGUCUAACAACCACAACUUUACCUUUAAUAUGACAGGAAGCAGCCGCCGCAGUGACACUCAGUAUCUGCAGCUCUGUAAUUAAUGCAGCUAAUUAUCAAAUGGUGUUUUUGAUAAUUAGCUGCAUUGAUCAGGAAUCCAUGAGUGAAGAUACUGAGCUUGACUUAAUGUAAGUGUGUGAGGACAAACUUAAUAACAGACUAAUAGUUUAUUAUUCUAACACGUCACUGGAGCUGCUGUAAUCAUGAAUGACAAUAUAAGAAAAAGUCUUUGUGUUAAAGUCUGAAUAAACACGUCACGUCUUUC